UAUGUGAAUAAAAUAAACAGAUGUACAUCUUAACGCGGCGUAUGAACAUUCGGCUGUAUUACUUUAACACAAUAAUUCAUCAAAAAAGAGCUGAAGAACAGAGCUGUGUGCACUUUUCCUUCACCUCGGGGUGUUAUUCAAGUGGCCAUAAAAAAGCAAAAAUCUGUUCGUACAAAUUAUUCUGCAAUUGAAGUGGCUGCUUCAUCCAAAUUUAGGACCAACUUCUUUGUGAAGUGAUGUAAAAACAUGGAGAUUGUUAAAGAGGAGAUUGAAGACAUAAGUGUUUCAAAUCCAUGCGGAGUGAAAAGUGAAUAUACUAAGGAACAAACAGAUCUUGUGGGACUUAAAGAUGAAAGUGGCGAACCGAAGGGACUGGAGGAGACACAUCAGUAUCAGAAAACUCAUCGUUUCAAAAUGGAAGAAAUAUCAUCCGAUUGCUGGCAGAUAAACAAUACGAAAACAAGAGAAUCUUUCACUUGCCCUCAGUGUGAAGAUGUCUUUGCUGUGAAAACAGACUUUGAGCUGCACAUAAGAGUCCACAGGGGGGAAAAGCUUUUUACAUGCCCUCAGUGUGGAAAACAUUGCUUGAGCAAAGCACAACUUGUAGAGCACAUAAGAACUCACAUUAAAGGAGGACGCCAAUACCCAUGUCUUCAGUGUGGAAAGAGUUUUAAACAGAGAUGUUUGCUCAAUGCCCACAUAAACAUUCACACCGGAGAGCGCCCAUACCCAUGUCCUCAGUGUGGAAAGAGUUUUAGACGGAGUAGCACGCUUACUGAUCACAUUAAAAUUCACUCUGGAGAGCGGCCGUACACGUGUGUUCAGUGUGGAAAAAGUUUUAGACUGAGUAGGAUGCUUAAUGACCAUGCUAGAAUUCACUCAGGAGAGCGGCCAUACACGUGUCCUCAGUGUGGAAAGAGAUUUAAACAGAGUGGUGCGCUUAACAACCACAUAAAAAUUCACUCUGUAGAGCGUCCGUACCCUUGUCCUCAGUGUGGAAAGAGUUUUCGAACCAGUAGUUUGCUUAAUAUCCACAUGAACAUUCACACUGGAGAGCGCCCGUACCCCUGUGUUCAGUGUGGAAAGAGUUUUAGACAGAGUGGUGCGCUCAAUACCCACAUGAGAAUUCACUCUGGAGAGCGCCCAUACCCGUGUCUUCAGUGUGGAAAGAGUUUUAGACAGAGCAGUGCGCUCAAUACCCACAUGAGAACCCACUCCGAAGAGCGCCCAUACAAUUGUGUGGAAUGUGGAAAGAGUUUCAGACAGAAUUGUAAUCUUAAUCACCACGUGAAACUUCAUUCUAGCGAGGGUCCAUACACGUGUCCUCAGUGUGGUAAGGAUUUUAUAAAUAGUAGUAAGCUUGACAACCACAUGAAAAUUCAUUCUGGAGAGAGUCCAUACACGUGUCUUGAGUGCGGUAAAAGCUUCACAAACCAAAGUCAUUUUCGGAUCCACAUGAGAGUUCACACUGGAGAGCGGCCAUAUUCAUGUCUUCAGUGUCCAAAGAGAUUCUCGCAGAAAGGAGGUCUUAAGGUCCACAUGAGAAUUCACUCCAGAGAGACUCUAAACACAUCUUCUGUGUAGGAAAACAUGGAAACACUUCAGCCGAUUCCAAGUUGUCCUCAAUUGGAUGAAUUCUACAGGAAUUUUCAAACAAACACUGGUUUCGCACCAAGUGCAGUUCGGUUUAUGUUAAUCAGAAUGCACAAUAAAAAACGUGAUUUUUGUAAA